CUCCAAAGCGGCGGUUUACCGGAGGAGGUUCCCAUAGUGUCAGUGGUAGCUUGAAUCCGUGGCGAACCGCUAUCGAUACUAGGCCGGUGCAGUCUCAGCAGGAGUGGGACCCUGAGGCUUGAGAAACAGGCUUUUCUUUGGUCCGGGACUCCCCGGCGUCCAGCGCUUCCCCCCCAUAACCGGACACCAAUUAUUCGGACUCUUUGCCUCAGACCCAGGAAUCAUAGAUGCCAGGAAGUAUGGCCCCCCUCAAGAAGCCUCGAAAUACCACAGAGUUGCCCCUGGCUUUAAACCCCCUGAAGAGCAAGGACGUGUUGGCAGUGCUGGCUGAGAGGAAUCAGGCUAUAGUACCCGUUGGGGCAUGGGUGGAGCCUGCCCCGCCGGAUAGUUCAGCAGUCCCGGCAUCUACUUCAGCAUAUUUGAUUGAAGAAGAGCUAAAGGAACAGCUAAGAAAGAAACAAGAAGCUCUGAAGCGUUUUCAGAGACAAGUCAAACGCCGAGUAAAUCAGCAAAUUAGGCUGAGAAAAAAGCAACAACUUCAGAGGUCUUAUGAAGCCGCAGAAAAAGAAGGCUCUAUAGCCAUGCACUCUUCCGAUCCAGCAUACUUAACUCUUAAAAGAACGAGUGUUUUUCCAAACCAUUUGAAUGCUGCUAUUGGAAGUGCUAGGUUACCUCCUUCCCAGAAGCUUGAGGAUGGAAUAGAAGAUAGAGAGAAUCAGAAUGAACUAUUCCAACAACAAGCCCAGGCUCUUAGUCAAACCAUGAAAGAAGCACGUCAACGGCUGGCAUCAUUUAAGACUGUGAAUAAAAAAAAUGCAUCGGUGUUUCCAGAUGAUCGAAAGAAAAACUUUCCCACCCAAGAGGAACCUGACACUGAGCAAUCUUCAUCUAUUAUGAUAGAUAAGAAAGGGAAAAAGAAUUUGUCUUGGGGGGACCAGCAGAAUCUCCUUUUUGAAGACAAGGAUAUACCUUUCAGCACAGUUCAGAAAGUACAAUUCAAAAAUCCAUUAUUUGCUGUGAUGGAAGAGGAAGAGGUAAAGCAGUUACAUCAGGAUGUUCUGCCAGAAGCCCAGGAUUAUCUUCCAGAAGCCCAAGGUGACCUGCUGCAAACCCAGGGUGAUUUGACAGGUGUCUGCAGUGUUGAGCUGGAAGCCCAGAGCGUUGAGCUGAGGCUCAGUGCCCAGGAUAUCGAUCUGGAAGGCCAAGCUGUUGAGCCCAAAACCCAGGCUGUUAAGACCAAAACUCAGAGUGUUACGCUGAAAGAUCAGAGUGUUGAACUAGAAGAUGGGAAUAUUGUUUUGGAAGGCCAAGCUUUUGAGCCCAAAGCCCAGGCUGUUAAGACCAAAACUCAGAGUGUUAUGCUGAAAGAUCAGAAUGUUGAACUAGAAGAUGGGAAUAUUGUUUUGGAAGUCCAAGAUUUUCUACUCCAAAACCAGGCUUUUCUACCCACAGACCAGCAUAUUCUUCCCAAAGAUCAGAAUGUUCUACCCAAAUGUCAGGACCAGGAUUUUCUACCCACAGACCAGCAUGUUCUUCCCAAAGACCAGAAUGUUCAACCCAAAUGCCAGGACCAGGAUUUUCUACCCAGAGAUCAGAAAGCAAAUUUGAAGCCGCCAGCAUCAAUUUUGAUAGGUAGGAGUGGGGGAGAGGUGUUUCCUCUGGAUGUCCAUCAGGAUCUUCUACACAGGCAUCAAGAUCAGGCCUUCAUCAACAGCAAGAAGGUACGCUUCAAGGAGUCAUAUUGUGAUAUGACAAAUGAGAAAGGGAGAGAAGACUUUCCUCUGGCAGGUUAUCAGUAUCUGCCUCCUAAACUUCAGGACCAGGCCUUCAUCAGAGAUCAGAACAAGUGUAUCAAGCAGCCCUCAUCUUUUGAGAAAUGGGAGAUUGAAAGAGGAGUUGCUUCUGGAGUGCCAUCGAGCUUACGCUCCAUACAGCAACCGUCUGUUGGAACAGCUGAAAGACAGCGAGCAGGUUUGCUUCCGGCCGGCCAUCAACAUCUUCCACCCAAGCACCAGAGAGAGGCUUUCAGCAGCAGACAGGUUGGUGGUGAAUAUCAAUCAGGAUUGAACACUGAAUUCCAAACUCCCCUGGCACUUCAGUCAGGAGUAAGUCAAGAGGAAGACAAGAAAGAGCGUCAAAAGCAGUACCUGAGAUAUAGACGACUCUUCAUGGAUAUUGAAAGAGAACAAGUGAAAGAACAACAAAGGCAAAAAGAACAAAGGAAGAAAAUUGAAAAAAUUAAGAAAAAGAAAGAGCAGCAACGUUAUGCUGAAGAGCAGAGGAUAUUAAGAAUGAACUUUCGUGAAGAGCCAUAUUCAGGGGAGAAGAUGAGUGAGAUACUAGCCCAGCUACAACUUGAGGAAGUACAAGGAGCCAGAGAAAAACAACAGAAAGAAAAGGAAUACCAAAGAUAUGUAGAAGCUUUAAAAGCCCAGAUCCAGGAGAAAAUGCAGCUGUAUAAUAUUACUUUACCUCCACUAUGCUGCUGUGGUCCUGAUUUUUGGGAUGCUCAUCCUGAUACCUGUGCCAACAAUUGUAUUUUCUAUAAAAACCACAAAGCAUAUACCCGGGCACUACAUUCAGUCAUCAAUUCCUGUGAUAUCCCUGAAGGGAACUCAACUCUUCGAGUCGCCAUUCAUAAUUUUGCUUCUGCACACAGACGGACUUUGAAAAAUCUGUAAUAAGAAUCUGAAAUCAACUGUUAGUAUUUCAACCUUCACUUAAAGUCAACCCUGAGAGAUUAUUUAUGAAAAGAUGUUAAAGUUUAUAAGAUGUGUAGUCUGAAAAGAAAGACUGUCCCACAUAAUAACAGCUAUCACUAUAAUUAGAUCAUGACCAUUGUUUCACUCUGCUUGGCACCAAGAUUGAAAGUUGGCUUCCAAACUUGUCUCUUUGCUGUAAACCACAUGGAGCAUGUUGCUUUAAAAAUGAUCAGUCAGGGCUUCCCUGGUGGCGCAGUGGU